GAAAAUUCUUAGCCAAAGAGCUGCUUUUAAGAUUUCAUGAGGGUGUGGACUGUUGGGACGUAAGCAGUCUUUGCUUCAAUCUGUCAAGGCAACUAACAUUUAUUGUUGAAUCCUUAUGCAAAAUAACUGAAAACGACAGGUGUAAGGAGCGCUCCUGCCUCUGUCCCCUGGUCACUGUAGGGGUGUGCUCUGAGCCUGGGGACGAAUGCUUUCCAGGCCUCCUUUGAAUCUCCGCGGUUACCUCUGUACUGUAUCCUUGUCACCCACUGCUAUCCAGCCAGUCAUAUCUGGAGAAAAAGUGAGCUGGAAGAGUCAAAGUAAGCGUUGAGAGUUACCUGAAGAGGCAAUUAUGGAUGACAUCUUCACCCAGUGUAGGGAAGGCAACGCAGUUGCUGUUCGCCUUUGGCUGGACAAUACAGAAAAUGAUCUCAACCAAGGGGAUGACCACGGCUUCAGCCCCCUCCACUGGGCGUGCCGCGAGGGCCGCUCCAACGUGGUGGACAUGCUCAUCAUGCGCGGAGCGCGCAUCAACGUCAUGAACCGCGGAGAUGACACACCCCUGCACCUGGCCUCCAGCCACGGCCACCGGGACAUAGUAGGCAAGCUGAUCCAGUGCAAGGGGGACACCAACGCGGCCAACGAGCACGGCAACACGCCGCUGCACUACGCCUGCUUCUGGGGCCAGGACCUGGUGGCCGAGGACCUGGUAACUAAUGGCGCCCAGGUGAGCAUCUGCAACAAGUACGGAGAAACCCCACUGGAUAAGGCUAAACCACACCUGCGUGACAUUCUCAAAGAGCGCGCCGAGAAGCUUGGGCAGAACUUGACCAAAGUGCCUUUCAAAGACACUUUCUGGAAAGGCACCACUCGAACACGGCCCCGUAAUGGCACACUGAACAAACAUGCAGGCAUCGACUUCAAACAGCUGUCCCUCCUAUUGAAAAUCAAUGACAACCACUCCGGAGAGCUGUGGCAGGGGCGCUGGCAGGGCACUGAGGUUGUGGUGAAGCUUCUGAAGGUCCGUGAUUGGACCACCAGAAAGAGCAGAGACUUCAAUGAGGAAUAUCCCAAGUUAAGGAUAUUUUCCCACCCGAAUGUCCUUCCUGUUCUUGGGGCAUGUCAGUCACCCCCUGCCCCCCACACUGUCAUCAUCACACAUUGGAUGCCGUACGGUUCUCUCUAUAAUGUACUUCACGAGGGCACAAACUUCGUGGUGGACCAGACUCAGGCGGUGAAGUUUGCCUUGGACAUUGCCUGCGGAAUGGCUUUCCUGCACACGCUUGAGCCAAUGAUUCCCCGCCACUAUCUAAACAGCAAGAGUGUCAUGAUUGAUGAGGACAUGACUGCUAGGAUCAGUAUGGCGGAUGUGAAGUUCUCGUUCCAGUGCCCAGGGAGGAUGUACUCUCCAGCUUGGAUGGCUCCUGAGGCCUUGCAGAAGAAACCUGAGGAGAUCAACCGACGCUCUGCAGACAUGUGGAGCUUCGCCAUACUGCUCUGGGAGCUGGUGACCAGAGAAGUCCCUUUUGCUGACCUCUCAAACAUGGAGAUUGGCAUGAAGGUGGCCCUGGAAGGACUGCGCCCCACCAUCCCUCCCGGCAUCUCGCCCCACAUCUGCAAGCUCAUGAAAAUCUGCAUGAACGAGGACCCGGCCAAGAGACCCAAGUUUGACAUGAUUGUUCCCAUCCUGGAGAAAAUGCAGGACAAGUGAAGCAUCUCCACUACUCACUCACUCACUCACUCACUCACACCCCUCUCCUCACCCCACCCCCCCCCCACUGUAUGCAUACCAGAUAUCUCGCUCCUGUAAGCACCGGUGGUGCGCUGUGUUACCAGUGUUGCCUUAAACUCUUUCCUCUCACUACUUUACGCUACGCUGUACACCACUUUAACUCGAUUCUCUGUUUAAAAAAAGAAAAGAAAAAAAAGACAGAAAAAAGAAGAAAGAAAAGAAAGAGCAUCAAAGAUGACACUUACUAUUAAUUUGAAUUUUAUUACAUCUUUUUUCCUCGUUUUUUCUAAGAUAUGUUUUCUCAUUAAUAUUAUUGUUAAUAUGAUUUUACGUAAGCUACUGUCUGUUCACAAUCCCGCCCUGAAAUGUAUUGCAUUGACUAUUAUUAUUAUGUCACAGGCUCAGUGGAAUUUACUAAAUUAAUGAUUUACCUGCGUAGAGCCAAAAGAUCCUACCAGUGCCUCUCUUCAAAACGGUUUCUUCUUCCUCGCUGUUCUAAAAAAAAGAGAAGUCAAGUACAGUCAUCUGCCAUUUGUCUGGACAGGCGCUGUAAGCACUUCUGCUUUCUGACAGAAAGAGGACUCCUCUGCUUCUCCAAACCGCUAUGUGUCCCAUUUCCCUCAGUGCCAUUGCAAAAGUAUAGACUGUGGUGAUUGUAUAUGUUUGUCUUUCUAUAUGCAGGUGUAUUGUGUGUGCGUGUGUAUGUGUGUGUGCAUAUCAGAUUGUGCAACUGCUGUAAGCUGCUUAAUCAGUCCAAUCAUUUCACUGUGCCCAAAAGGGAAGCAGAUUGUGUGAACCUGCAAAAUCACACGUACGUAGGCCUUAUUUGUAUUUCAACACCAGAUAGGUGGAUGAUUUUGAGGCCAAGGCAGGUCUCUUGUGAAGCUGGAGUGUUGUGCCUGAAUGCCUUGGCUUUGAAAAAAACCUCACACUCUGCUCUCCAUUGCAUUUGACAUCCUGUGUAGCAGUCCGGUACAUUUCACACAAGUGCUCCUUUGUGCAGAUUUAUUUUUGCUAUGUAUUUUUUUUUAUUAUUUUUUUUUUUACAUAUCUUGAAAUACUGAAUCAUGCGCCAGAAAUACUCCAGCUCUUUCAUUAACUCCCCAAAGGAAAGGUCACGUUAGAUUUUUUCCACACAGUGCUUGUUUUUACUUUACUUUGGGACUUUGCUGCUUUACCUCUUCUCAGUCAUUGCCAUGUUAACUUUGCAUUACAUUAUAUAUUUCUUUAUUUUUAAAAUUGUAUUUCAUCGUCCAUCCACUUGCUUGCUUGUUCUGAAAGAGGGGCAUAAGCCAAAACCAAGCAUGUCUUUAAAUAUAUGUAAUUUAUAUAUGUGCAUUAAAGAAAUAUACUUGUUUAAGAAAUAA